AACGCAGGCUUGAGGCCCAGCGAGGCAGAGCUGCAAUGUUCUGUAUUGAGAGCCUGGAGACGACACUGGACAAGGAGAGGAAAUGGAAGAUGCUCGAGGAUGUGAUCUCCUCCCUACAGAACGUCCUCAUCUACAUGGUCCUGCUGGGAGUCACUUGCUUUAUCCAAAAGAAAUUGGACAGCAUCUAAAGACUGGGCAUUCUAUUUGGAUACGUGAUACGAAGAACCUGAUAACAGUUUCUACUUCUAUCUGCAAAUGAGACUCUUUGAUGUCCACAGCUAAAAUAGAAAACUAUUUGUAAAGUGUGAAAAAACCUUCUGGUCAUAGCGUGCCUUGCGUCCGUUAUAUUCAGCCUCCACGAAUGGUGAUAUAAACCUUUCCUCCUUCACAGCUCCCUCCCAGAGGUGCAGGUCCGGUCCCUAUUCUUUUGUCUCUGUUUUUUCUUUUUUCUUUUGCCCUACCCAGGUACAUGGGGAGUUUCUUGCCUUUUGGGAGGUCUGAGGUCUUCUGCCAGUGUUCAGUAGGUGUUCUGUAGGAGUUGUUCCACGUGUAGAUGUAUUUCUGAUGUAUUUGUGGGGAGGAAGGUGAUCUCCGCGUCUUACUCUUCUGCCAUCUUGAAGCUCCUCCUUGUUUAUUUUUAAUAAUACUUUUUCCUUAAAGUUUUCUUUGCAUGAUGCUAAUCUAAGUGUACCAAUUUUCAUUUAGUUAGAAAUAUCUUUUUCCAUUCUUUGACUUUUAAAUUUUCUUUAUAUGAUACUAAUAUAAGUAUACCAGCUUUUUUGGGGGGGGUUAGGAAUAUCUUUUUCUAUUCUUUGGUUUUCAGAAUUUCUGGAUCAUUGUGUUUUAGAUGUGUGUCUUAUCCACAAGAUAUAACUGACUUGUGUAUUUGUGUGUGUGUGUGUUGUUAAAACCAUUCUGAGAAAAAGAAAAUAACUGACCCAACAGGCCAGUUUUUCAACUGGAGCAUUUAUUCCAUUUAUGUCAAUAAUGGAUAUUGAUAUAUUUAAAUUCACUUCUGCAGUUUUGUUUUUGCUUUAAAUGGUGCUCUCUUCUCCUCUCUUGCUUUUUAAAAAAACCUUAUUAUGUUUUUUAUUCCAUCUCUUUUUCACUAUAAGUUUGGAAAUAUAUACCACAUUCCUAUUCUUAGAGUAGUUACCUUGAACUUUCUAUCAUGAGCACUUAGCUUCUUAAAGUCUGAAAUCGGCAAAUAUCCUUAUCAUCUUCCCAAACAAUGCAAAGAUCUUAGAACUCCAAACACAUCUGAACUAUCUGAUAUUGUUGUUGAGUAUUUUAGUUCUUUGUGGUUUUCCUUUUAUUCCACAAUACAGUGGUGGUGGUGUUAUUUUCUAGUCAAUGUUUGUUAAGCAAAUUCUUUGUUCCUUAUGUCUUUGUUCAUGUCAGAUCAUUCUUCUGAGAUUACUCUUUUUCUGAAGUAUAACUUUUAAAAUUCCUUUAGUAAGGACUAUUUGAGGACAUUCUUUUACUCAGUUAUAAUUUUCUUACACAAUUUUUUCUUGUACAUUUAUCAAAAUCAAAAAAGUAACACAGAUAUGAGACCACUGUCUAAUCUGUAGAUCUUACUCAACUUUGCCAUUAAUCCCAAUAAUGUCCAUUAUGUGCUCUUGUUCUCCUUUAAGUUAGAACUAUUCUUGAGUCUUUUAUUGUUUUUCACAAGCUUGCCAUUUUUGAACAAAAUAGGCCAGUUAGCCUAAAGAAUGACUCUCAAUUUGGGUUUGUCCAGUGGUUUCUCAUAGUUAGAUUCAGGUUAUCACCUUUGGCAGCAAUGAUACAGAAUUGACAUUGUAUUCUCCCUGCAUCCUAUCAGCAGACAUAUGGCUUUGCUCUGUCUCAUACUGGUUAUGUUAACUUUGAUUACUUGAUUAAGGUGGUGUUUGCCAUGUUUCUCCACUGUAAAUUUAUCAUUUUCCCUUAGCAAAUAAGUACUGGUUUGUCAGUAAAUUCUUACCUUUUAUGAUUUAGUAAACUAUUCUUAUUUCUUAGCACUUCAAAGAGAACUUGUAAAGUUUCAAUUAAAAAAAUUUUUUUUCUCAAAUGGCAGCAUGAAAGCUUGACCUAUUUGGAAAAUAACUGCAAAGCAGAAAAAGAAAUAUAUUUAAGAAUUGGAAUUGAAAUUUGGGAAAUUCAUAUCUAGUUUCCUUAAAAUAUCAAAGUUAUUAGUAAGAUUUUAAUAAGGAAUUUUGAAAGAAUGGGAGACUAUUCAAACAGGAGCUUUCAGAAGAUAAAAUGCUCAUCAAUGAUCUCAACCUAUAUAAAAACUGUGCAGAAUUUUAAAGUUAGGAACAUAGAUAAAGGGAUAUCUCUUGCCUGUAAAAUUUUAUUCAAUAUGUAAUUUUACUUUGUUUUUAUUACGAUAAAUCUUGUCCUAAAUUUUCCUUUUAGGUAAUUAUAAUUAUUUUCCUAGGAUAAAGAGUUGAGUACUUGUUUAAUUUAUCUUCUAUAUUUUUAAUCACAUUGAAAAUAUUUUUUGGGCUUCUCUGGUGGUGCAAUGGUUGAGAGUCCACCUGCCGAUGCAGGGGACACGGGAUCGUGCCCCGGUCCGGGAAGAUCCCAC